AUGACGCGCACCGGACAGCCUUGUCUCACACGGCUGAAUGAGAUUAAUUGUAGUUGUCUCCCUGUUCUAUGCGACAAUGGCAAGCCUAAUCUGGCAUUCGCAGACAGCCUGAGUGAAGGGUUGGGGUUCUUGGGAGGUAUUGUUGAAUUUGGAGAGGGUAGAGCGAAAGAAAGACAAGAAACAAGGGACAAGGUUUCUGUUCCCCACUUUUCGAAUGCAGAGCUCCACCAACCCACCAAGCUCUAUCCCAAUAUCAAAACGCCAAUUCUCCCAACCCAAAUCAUGACAGCAGCCACUCAACCCCCAGCACCAUCACCCACAGUCUCUCCCUUUCAACCCUCAGGCCACCACCCCCACGCCCCACUACCCACCACCACCCUCUCGACCCUCCUCUCUUCCCCAACCCCAAUCCCCAUAAUUCUCGACGGCGCACUAGCAACUCACUUAGAAUCCCUCGGCGCCAACAUCUCAACCUCGCUGUGGUCCGCCAGCGUCCUCCUGACCAACUCAUCCCUAAUAUACCGUACACAUCUCUCCUACUACCGCGCCGGUGCCUCCAUUGCAGUCACAGCCUCCUACCAAGCCUCUAUCCCAGGUCUGUGUGAGAAUCUAGGACUAAGUGUAGAGGAAGCAGAGGAGGUAGUUAGAAAGAGCGUGGAGCUAGCUCAGGAGGCACGAGUAGAUUAUCUGAAAGAACUAGCAUCAGAAGCAGCAUGCGACGCUAGAUCCAGAGAAGAACCGUCCAAGCAACUCCAGAACCAGUACCAAAAUCGGCCGUUAUUCAUAGCCGGCAGUAUCGGCCCCUACGGCGCCUACCUAGCCAACGGCUCCGAGUACACAGGCCACUACCCGCUGCUCCCACCCUUCCCCCACUCCAUCCCCAUCCUCCAAGACUUCCACCGCCGCCGCAUCUCCACCCUUAUCUCCGCUGGCGUCGACAUCUUGGCUUGCGAAACCCUUCCCUCCCUCCCAGAAACUACUGCCUUGGUAUCCUUGCUCCAGGAAGAGUUCCCCGAGAUCCCCGCGUGCUUUUCGUUUACGCUGCGGGAUGAGAGCAGCAUUAGCGACGGCACUCCUUUGCCCUCCAUCGUGCAGCUCUUAAACCCCGUUCCACAGGUCCUUGCAAUCGGUGUGAAUUGCGUCCCUCAAUCCAUUGCACUACCUGCUCUAAAAACCUUAUCAACCUUAACCCAUAAACCUCUAAUUAUAUAUCCGAACUCCGGCGAAGCGUGGGACGCAGAAACUCGAGAUUGGUUUGGUGCUCGAACAGAAAAAAGGGAUCUUUCAGAGCGGUGUUUGGAGUGGUGGGAAGCAGGUGCGAGGAUUAUCGGGGGGUGUUGUCGGACGACGCCAGAGGACAUACGCGUUAUUGCUGAGACGUUGCGGGAUGUGGAGUCACGGAAGGGGGAAGAGCCAUAA